AUGACAUCUGCGAAGGUGAACAUCAUGAACGACACCCACCCGAAGGAAACAGCCACUGGCAGUGACCAGACCCCAGUGAACCCGCCAACUCUGCCAAGUACCACAGACCUAUCGACCGAGCAAGGCGGCUAUGGAUCACUUGAGUGGUUUCUGAACGGCGUCUCCCUCCCUGAAGAACUCCACAAAGACAUUGUGAACCAGCUUCGCCAGAAAAUCAUCGAGGCUGAACCGAGCAUGAAGGAAGUCACCGCUGAGAGGCUUACUCUGAUCCGCAAGGCCUUGGUCGAGAACAAGACUGCCCUGAAACCCAAGACUGCCUUUGCCUUCCUUGGUGUAGUCCUGAAAGAGCUAGCCGAGACCAAAGAUGAAAGUCCUGCUCUUCUCCUCGCACGUGCUAUUCGCAUUUUCAACAACAUAUUGAGGGGUAAACGCAACGGUAUCACCGUGAGCGAGGCAAAAGUCGCGGCCUUCCGUGCUCAUUUCAGACAUGUCAACGAUGAACUGACUGUAGGGCGCAAUAUUUACCAAGAGCUGGAUGGACUAGAACGCAAGAAAGCGAUAUUCGUUCAUCUCUCGAAGACGUUCCGCAAGGUCGAUAUGGGAACUCUGCAUCUGCUCUGGAAUCAGGCAAAGGAUUUCUUCUGUGAAGAAGAAGCGCUGCAUUACUCGCAGUCUAUAUCUUCCCUGGAUAAUCUUUUCGGGCGCGUUCAGUCUAUCAGUGAAAAAUGGCACGGGGUUGAUGACGAGCCGGGAUGGGUAAAAGUUGAUGUGCCUUGA